GGAAAUCACAUCGAGAUCCCGCAUGGAAACGCGCGCGCGCACAGGAACACAUACCGGCGGACCGAGAGUUCCAGUGCCGGUGCGCCUCUAGCGGCGUCGUCGCGGCGCUGCAGCUGCUGUUAAAAAGGUGCGGGCGGUGCGCGGCGCUGCUCCAGUGCUGGUGCGCCUGGUUUGAAGAGGACACGCGCAGAGAAAAGUUUAGACCCGGAUUCUCUGCCUUCUCUCUUCUCUGCAGCAGCAGCAACAGCAGCAGCAGCAACUGAGCCCGAGCAUUUUCAUCGUUCUAACCCUCCUCAUCAUCAUGGCAAACAAGGCACAGCAGCCUCCGCACCUGCACCUGGCCGAGGUCACCGCGUCCCAGUUCCUGGACAUCUGGAAACACUUUGACGCCGACGGUAACGGCUACAUCGAGGGCAAGGAGCUGGAGAACUUCUUCAGGGAGCUGGAAGUUGCCCGGAGAGGAGCAGGAGUGGAUCCUUCCAACCCCACAUUCAGAGAAAAGAUGAAGGAGUUCAUGCAGAAGUUUGACAAGAACAAAGACGGACGAAUUGAGAUGUCAGAGCUGGCCCAGAUUCUCCCGACUGAAGAGAACUUCUUGCUGUGCUUCAGACAGUUUGUCAGCUCCAGCGCUGAGUUUAUGGCGGCCUGGAGGCGAUAUGACACAGACCGCAGCGGCUACAUUGAAGCCAAUGAACUGAAGGGCUUUCUGUCAGACCUGCUGCAGAAGGCCAACAGACACUACGACGACCAGAAGCUGCAGGAGUACACACAGACCAUCCUCAGGAUGUUUGAUCUGAACGGAGAUGGGAAGCUGGGCCUGUCGGAGAUGGCGAGGCUUCUCCCUGUUCAGGAGAACUUCUUACUCAAGUUCCAGGGCGUGAAGUUGACCAGUGAGCAGUUCAAUGCCAUCUUCACGUACUACGACAAGGAUGGGAACGGCUACAUCGAUGAGCAGGAACUGGACGCUCUGCUACGAGACCUUUACCAGAAAAACAAGAAGGAGGAGGACCUGAAGAACCUGACGGGCUACAAGCAGAGCAUCAUGAGCCUCUCCGACGGUGGGAAGCUCUACCGCGGCGAGCUGGAGAUCGUCCUCUGCAGGGAGCCAAUCGCCUGACUCCGUCCUACAUUCUCCCUCUCGCUCUUUCUCUCUCGUUGCAUAACUUUGUUUAUUCUGCCUGAGUCCGCUGUCCUGAAACCACGCCCACUUCCAGCUGCCUGGCAG